AUGGAGCUGGACUUGGAUAAAGAUCAACUUCCAGUGGAGCGAGCUCUGGGACUACAGUGGUGUGUGGAAACUGACAAGUUCAAGUUCAAGAUCUCCGCCUCACAACAGCCUCAGACGAGAAGAGGCAUUCUGUCAGUGGUCAGCUCACUGUAUGAUCCAUUGGGAUUUCUGGCUCCGUUCAUCAUGCCGGCCAAGCUGCUCCUGCAGGAGCUCUGUCGAAGAAACCAGGGCUGGGAUGAAGCUAUAACUGAGUCGUUUGGAAAAACGUGGGCAGACUGGCUUGAGGACCUCCACAGGGUGGCGGAGUUUGAGGUUAAUUGCUGCUUUAAACCCAGAGACUUUGGCGACCACGUAGUUGCACAGCUGCACCACUUUUCUGAUGCAAGUGAAGUUGGAUAUGGAACGGCUUCCUACUUGAGACUGGAAAGUGAUGGUGAAGUUCACGUUUCAUUUCUCUUGGGAAAGGGCAGAGUUGCUCCGCUCAAGCAGACAACAAUUCCUCGCUUGGAGCUCACCGCUGCAGUUCUUGCUGUCAGAGUUGCAAAGAUGCUGCAAAAGGAGCUGCAACUUCCGCUGAAGGAAUCUGUUUUUUGGACCGACAGCACAACUGUCCUGAAAUACAUCUUCAACGAAACCAAGCGAUUUCACACCUUCAUGGGAAACAGAACUGCUUACAUCAGAGAAGCCACAUCUGUUGAUGAGUGGAGAUACGUGAGCUCAAAGGAGAAUCCAGCAGAUGAAGCAUCCAGAGGCAUGAAAACACAGAACUCUUUAUUAUCGCGUCACUUUAUUCAGUGGAGAGCGAGUCCAGAGUUUCUCUGA